CAAAAAAACCAACAACAAUUUAUUAAACUAAUAAAAAUAAUCCUUAAGCAUAAUCUCAAUUAUAAGCCAGCAUUUUUUGAUAUAAGAAAUUAGUUUUAUAACAACAACCACAACAACAAAUUCAAUUAGCUUUUAAUAAUUUAUUAACACCAACACACAAGAAGUACUUAUCCAGCGCCAAAAAGUAGACUAUAGCAAACAACAAAAACAAAUUACAAAAAUGCCAUCACAAGUGAAAAGAAUUUUUAUCUUAUUGAUCAUCAGUCAAUUGAGUUUGAGUUGGAGUCACAGUCAAGUGGAUCAUCAACAACAACAACAACAACAACAGCAGCAGCAGCAGCAGCUUCAGUUGGACUUGAGCAAUCCCCAAAUGAUGCCAUCACACAAUAGCUCAUUGCUCAAUACUCUAAUGACCAGCAUUGGCCAAGGAGGCGGAGCCGGAUUGGGAGGAGUUGCACCGGGAGCGGCAGUGGGUGGCAAUCAAAUGAAUCAGUUGCUCAGUAGCAGCACAGCCAUAGCACCAGCUGCAGCAGCGGGAAUAGCUCCAGCACAAGCACCACCAAUGUCUGGAAUAGGUGGAGCAGGUGGAGCCGGUGGUGUGGCUGCAGGAGGAGUUGGUGGCUACGGCCUAGGCGUAAUGACUGGCGGCACGCCAUGGCAUUCGAGUGGUUCCUCCAUAGCUCAUCAUAGCCCAAGCGGACAUCAUCCCGGACAUGUGCUCACUGGAUUGGCCAAUUUGGGCAUAAUUGUGCCCAGAGGGAAGUCUAUUCCCGGCAUAGGUGGAGGACUUGGAUACGGCGGAACCAUGCUCAAUCCGGGCGUAGGAGGAGGAGGAGCUGGCAUGGCUGGUGGCGAAGCAGUCAACAAUGCCAUGGAUAUGCAAAAUCUAUACAACGAACAUUUUAUAUCGGAGCACACAGUUAUGGCCGUGUUUACAUCCCAGGGUCAUGUGGGUGGGCCCUGUCGGUAUAUGCCAGCUACCCGACGGCAGAAUCAUCAAUGCCGCAAGGAGACGGGUCUGCCGAGCACCCUGAGUGAGGCUCGACGCCUGGCCACCCUUCAUUGUGAGGAUCAGUUUCGUUAUGAUCGUUGGAACUGCUCGAUCGAGAUACGCGGCAAACGGAAUAUAUUCAAGAAACUUUACAAGGAAACGGCCUUUGUCCAUGCAUUAACUGCAGCCGCCAUGACCCAUUCCAUUGCCCGGGCCUGCGCCGAGGGACGUAUGACCAAAUGUGGCUGUGGACCACGUAAACAGAAUCGUGCCGAUCAGGAUUUCCAGUGGGGCGGAUGCAAUGAUAAUUUGAAACAUGGCAAACGAGUGACACGCAGCUUCUUGGAUUUACGCGGCGGCGAUGGAGACGAAGUCAGCGAGAUAUUGCGACAUGACUCUGAGGUUGGCAUAGAAGCCGUCUCCGCGAUGAUGAAGGAUAAAUGCAAGUGCCAUGGCGUUUCUGGGUCCUGUUCUAUGAAGACUUGCUGGAAGAAAAUGGCCGAUUUCAAUGCCACGGCCACUUUGCUGAGGCAGAAAUACAACCAGGCCAUACGAAAGGCUCCCAAUCAAAGGACCAUGAGGCAAGCGCCCUCAAGUCGCAUGAAAAAGGCCAAACAGCGACGCAAGAAAGUGAGUCAAUCAUGGGAGAUGCCACAACAAUCACAGUACACGACACUGUAUUAUUUAGAGACAUCGCCCACUUAUUGCUCGGUCACCAAGGAUCGUCAGUGUCUGCAUCCAGAUAAUUGCUCGUAUUUGUGUUGUGGGCGUGGCUAUACCACACAGGUAUUCAAGCAGGUGGAGAAAUGUCGCUGUCGUUUCAAUAAUGGACGAUGUUGCCAUUUAAUCUGUGACUAUUGUCAACGCUAUGAGGAUAAAUACUUUUGUAAAUAGAUGGCUCUCUCUCCCACUCGCUCUCUUCUACUUUCUCCCUUUUUCUCCGUCUGACUUCAACUCACUGGUUACCAUCUAAAUCUAUCUCACUCUUACAUCUACUAUCUAUCUGUCACUUUCUCUGUCUAUCAUCCAUAUAGGAAAAACUCCAUUUCUUAAAGCUCGACAAGAAAAUGAAAAAUGCAAAAAAACGAAAACACAAAA